CAUGUGGACUCUUCCCUCCCCACGGCGGCUACGCGUCCCUCCCCAACCUCCCUAUCCCCCACGAGCACACCAGACCAAACCCUCCGCGCUGUCUUUCCUUCCAGCCUAGCCGACACGGUGGCGGCGGCGGCGGCGGGAGGAAGGCAAGGAUCCGCGCCUUUGCUUGAGCGCCAGGUGAGCGCUCCUCCCCCCUCUCCUCUGCUCCGUGCCGCUCUCAUGGAUCUGGGUCAAUCCGACGCGCCGUCCCUCUGAUUUGGUUGCGCUUGUUUGCUUGCUCCCGCGGUUUCCGCUUUCGCCGUAGCAGUAAGCCGGUGCUGCUCCCGCCGCCGCCUCCCCAUCCCCGCUAGGCAGCCCCGAGCCGAGCACGCGGACUGCGCCCGCUGGCGCCCGCCGCGGAGCUGCCCGUAGCAGCCAGAAUUUGGUGGCCAAUGCCCAGUUCAUAUAAAGAUUACAGUACAGCAACCGUUCCUGUGGAACAUGGAACUUCAAGUCCGAUAGUAAUAUAGCUUGCCCUUGUUUUGUGAAGAGGAUUUGAAGGAGGUUAAGACUGCUUCUACUAUCUGAAGACUCCUGCUGAACAAAAUGGUCCCUAAUGGUAAUGGAAACCUCAAAGCUGAUAUUCAACAAGUAGAGUCAAAGACAUCAGAAAAUGAUCCCGGAGCCACAGAUGUCAACACUCUUUCCACUCAAAAUGUUUCAAAACAGGGAAAUCAGCGGAGUGGGUGUCUCAAAUUUGUGAAUCGCUUUUCUAGUGGUGCCCACUUUAAGAAGCUGGGCCCUUCUCCUUCAGUCAAGUUUCGACAGCUUGCACUUCAGCGUGAUGACUUUUCACGUUCAAUCCAUUCUGACAACCAUGACAAUCACGAACAUUUUCGAUUAAUCAGGAAAAUUAACUGGGGCCAUCUGUGGGCAAUGGGCAAGGAUUGGAUAAGGCAGCCUCUUAACAUGGCCCUUUUCGUCUGGAUCGCUGUUGUUUCUGUAUCUGGUGCAAUACUCUUCAUGGUUAUGACUGGAAUGCUGAAUCAUGCUUUGCCUAGCAAAUCAGAAAGAGACGCCUGGUUUGAAGUGAACAACCAAAUUUUGAAUGCUUUAUUCACACUGAUGUGCCUUUACCAACACCCAAUGCGGAUCUAUAACUUUGUGCUUUUGUGUCGAUGGGACCAAAAGGACAUUCUAAGGCUUAGGAAAGAAUACUGCAAAAAUGGGACAUAUAAGCCUAAUGAGUGGAUGCACAUGAUGGUGGUUGUGGUCUUUCUUAAUCUGAACUGCUUCGCCCAGUAUGCCUUGUGUGGUCUCAACAUAGGGUACCGCAGAUCUGAAAGGCCUCCUCUUGGUGUCGCCGUGACUAUUUCUUUUGCAUUUGGGGCUGCGUUAUUCGCUAGUGUGUAUAACAUUGUCAGUCCUCUUGGGAAGGAUUAUGAUGCAGAAGUGAGAGAAGGUGAUCCAGAAGCGCAAGCUGGGGUCACCUCAACUGAAGGCGCAAGGGCAGCAACUUCAGGGAGGUCACUUGAGAGAAGAUACUCUUUUCUUCAAAGCGAAGAGCGCCGUUUCGUGGAGAGCAGGCCUGAGUGGGUCGGCGGACUAUCAGAUUUCUGGGACAGCAUAACCAUUGCAUACUUGUCAAUUUUCUGCAGCUGCUGUGUUUUCGGGUGGAACGUGCAGAGGCUUGGAUUCGGCAACAUGUACGUCCACAUUGCAACAUUCCUGCUCUUUUGCCUGGCUCCGUUCUUCAUCUUCAACCUGGCAGCAGUCAAUAUCAACAACGAAACCCUGCGAGAGGCGCUGGGGCUUACCGGCAUCGCGCUGUGCUUCUUCGGUCUGCUGUACGGUGGCUUCUGGAGAAUACAGAUGAGGAAGAGAUUCAACCUCCCAGGGAACCCCUUCUGCUGCCGUAACCCCGAUGUGACGGACUGCUUCCAGUGGCUGUGCUGCUGCUCAUGCUCUCUUGCUCAGGAGGUGAGGACCGCUGAUUACUAUGACAUUGCAGAGGAGAGGUCAUACAGAGGGCAGGUAAACGGGGAGAGUCAGCGUGUGAUGUCCCCAUUGGCUCGUGAAGACGGUCUGCCGCUUUUCAAGUCAACUCCAGCUUCGCCGUACAGGAGUAGCACAGGCACGGCUGGUCAGUCCAUUUUCAUCAUGGAGAGCCCAUCAGCUCCGCGGAGGUCGUCCGGUGCGACCCCUCUCGGUGCUUCGCCGACGAACGGCGGCGACAGGGCGAUGAAGGCGCCUGCUCCAUCUGUCUUGCACAGAGAAGGUGAAGAUGAAUCGUAGUAGCAUGUGGCGGCCCAGCAAUUCGCUUAUCAUGAGGUGAGGUGACGAGUCUUGCUCAGUCCAUGGAGAUGGACAUGUAUAUUUGUUGUAAAGAAAAUUUACCACGCCUCUCUUCAUAUGCGGCCAAGUUCUUUUUUUUUUUGGGAGGUGCUAAUCGCUCUUCCGUGAGAGAUGCAUUAGAGUAUUCAGUUCUGCUCUACUGUGUACGUAAUUCUGAAGAUUUGUACAACGCAAACUCGCUUUUGGGGUGGAA